ACUGGUGUUCUUAGCAAUUAUCCCAGGCGAUCAGGCGUUCUUUCGGUGAGAGCGCGGCGCGAACGUAGGAGUACGUGCGCAGAAGAGAAAGGACGCUCUCCUCCCUAGAUAGGCAUUUAGUAACAGGUGGAGGGUAUAUUUUCUCAUCAUUCUUAAACGCGCGCAUGGAAUCAAGUUUUAUUUAAUUAAAUAAUAAUGACAUCACAACGCUAUAAUUCGAUGAGAAAAUCACUGAAAAAGAAGGCACUCAUUUGUCACAUCCCUUUCUUUUUCUUACUAAAAAAUCUUGGGAAAAUGCAGUGUAUGGGGACAAACUACGAGGGUUGCAGCCUCAAUGGAAGAAUGGAUGAUCCAGAAGCUAUUUACAAGUUUCCUAAUCACUUUGGAAGUGAAUAUCAUGGCGGAAUAGUCGACGGAAUGUUUCAUGGCGAAGGAAAAUUAAAGUUUCGUGAAGGAGUACAUUUUACUGGAAAAUUCGAAAAGGGCAGGGUAGUCGAGGGUUUCUUCGAGUUUCAGGAUGAUGUGCGAUUUGAAAUCGAAAAUUGGGCUUACUGCGACGGUGACAAUAACAGAGUUUUCAAGUCUGAGCUGGAGAAUGGAUUGAAACCGGCAGGUCGUUCCCAGCUUACCAAUAUGGAUCCGCCCCAAACCAUACCUAAAGGAAUGUAUGACUGUGGAGACGGAUUUUAUGACCCUGUGGUACGCACGGUGAUAAACUACGACUCUGUUUUCUUACGCAACACGGAUGAAAAAGAGCAUCAGUGGAUUGUAAACCGGUGCAGGAAGGCCUGGGACGAGCCAGUCGGCACUAGAAAGCUCCACUAGGUUAAGCAACUGAUCUCUGUUGUGGCAUAUAUUGGAUAAUUUUGAUACAAUCAAAUAAAAAAUGUUCAACCGUGAA